UCCAGUGCACACGCAUAUCUAACAGCGCUUAUAUUUUUUGUCUUUUUAUCCGAGCAAAUCAGCAGAAAGUAUUAUUUUCUUUGGAAUAUUCUCCGUUAAAAACAGUGGGAGAGAAAGGUGUGGAGACCUUUUACACGUCGGUGUGAAUUCCUUGGUUUUUUUUAUUCUUUUCAAAGAAAAUGUGCGGACUAUUAGUAUAACCGCCAACGUCACGAUGAGGUACGGCUUGGUGGUUCUUUCUGCCGGCUUUUCAGGUUUGCUCAGUUUUUGCCUCCUGGCCGUGUCAAUCGGAACCGAUUAUUGGUACAUUAUCGAUGUGAAUAAACCCAAUUAUGACUCAGAGGAGCUGAGUUCCUACUCUGGAUUGUGGCGAAUCAAUGAAGGACCGAACAGGACUUCCAUCAUCUCUUCUUUCAGCGCAAACACGUCCGCCUUGUCUGAGGUGGAGCGCCACCUUCUCGGCCUACACAAAGCGGUGGUGAUCGUAUUGCCUCUGGGCUUGGUGCUGCUUGUGUUCGGUUGGAUUUUCGGGGUGGUCAGCUCCAUGGCCGUCAGCCCCAAGCUACUGUGCGGAACCGCUUUCUACUUUCUCAUCUGCAGUCUUUUCACCCUGACCGGAGUAACCCUCUACAUUCAAUACUCCAAUAAGGCUAUGGAUGAAUUCAAGCGGGUGGUGGCCCCGGAGGAGUUGGCCUACGUGAACGUGUCGUUCGGCUGGUCCUUCGCCCUGGCGUGGGUCUCCUUCGCUCUGGAGCUGGCGGCCGGCCUGCUCCUCUUGCUGGCCGCCAAAAUCACCCAGAUGAAAGGUCGCUACGACUGCGGCGUCGCCGUUACUUUGUGAACGGCAAAAAUCCAAAGAUGGCACGCUCGACCUUUCGCUAAGCUGCACGCCUCUCAAAAUGGCAGUGUUCCCUUUAGUGGGAAAAAAGUCCCAAGCUAACACUAAAAAAGCACUGCAGGCCUUUUUUGCUGCUACUUAUGUCUGAAAUAUCAUCUUUCUCCAAAUUUGAUAAUGUUCCUCCAGGGAGUGCAGACAGUGCCGCUUUUCUGAAGCUUGAUGCUAGCAACGGUAACUAAGGUAGAGCGGGUCUUAGCGAAAGGUCAGUACCUUUAGGGGGAAAAAUUGCUAGAAAAAAAGAGCAUUUUAUUCUGUGCAGACUGUACAUGAAGGUCAAUUUAGUUUCUUACUGUACAUACGGUAAAUGUGUGGUGUGGUCACUUUCGUUUCAUUUCUUAUUGUAUGUAAACAUAUUGUGCAUUCUGUUCAGUUUUAUUGUUUAGUAGGCAAUCCGCUUGUGAUUAUAUAAAUAUAGCAGCAGGGGAAAUCAACAAAAACAUUUGAGAUUUACUGAAGCUCUGUUGUGCUUUGAUCAAAAUGUCACAGGAGACAAGGUGCAUUAUGAAUUAUUUUGUUUUUUUUUUAUCACGUAUUAAUAGGAUUUAUAUGUAACAGGUGAAAGGGGUUGUCCAGGGGCGGUCUGUGGAGGGGUAGGGGCUGUGGCCCGGGAGUCAUUGAAAGACCGGCCCACGUCAUAGACGGUAUUCACUAACCUUGGCCUGAACUUAUUCAGAACUAUGGAUUUACAGUUCCACAAAAAUGAGAACUGUAACCUGAUCAAAGUAUGCAUUUAGGACUUAAUUCAAACUUUCUAAAUUUGGGUACUGUAAAAAUGCCUCGUUUUGAGUCUGGGAGUAGUCAAAGAGGUCACUGACUAAUAUUCACCAUCCUUGGCCAGAACUUAUUCAGAACUGUGGAUUUACAGUUCCACAAAAAUGAAAACUGUAACCUGAUCAAAGUAUGCGUGUAGGACUUUUAAUUCCAACUUUCUAAAUUUGGGGUACAGUAAAAAUGAAACGUUUUGAGUGUAGUAGUAGUCAAAGAGGUCCACUGCUAAUAUUCACCAUCCUUUGCCAGAACUUAUUCAGAACUGUGGAUUUACGGUGCCACAUUAAUGACAACUGCAACCUGAUCAAAGUGUGCGUGUACUGUAGGACUUUUAUUCAAACUUUCAAAAUUUUGGGUCCAGUAAAAAUGAAACGUUUUGAGUCUAGUCGUAGUCAGAGAGGUCCACUACUAAUAUUCACCAUCCUUCACCAUUUUUGUCCAGAAUUUUAUCAGAACUGUGGAUUUACAGUGCCACAAAAAUGAGAACUGUAACCUGAUCAAAGUAUGCAUUUAGGACUUUUAAUUCAAACUUUCUAAGUUUUGGUACAGUAAAAAUGCAUCGUUUUGAGUCUGGGAGUAGUCAAAGAAGUCCAUGAUUAAUAUUCCUCAUCCUUGGCCAGAACUUUUUGAGAACUGUGGAUUUACAGUUCCACAAAAAUGAGAACUGGAACCUGAUCAAAGUCAACAUGUAGGACUUUUAAUUCAUUUGUCUAAACAUCGGUACAGUAAAAAUGCGUAGUUUUGACUACGUCAGUAGUCAGGGAGGUCCACGACUAAAAUUCACAAUUUUUGUCCAGAACGUACUCAGAACUGUGAAUUUACAGUACCACAAUAAUGAGAACUACAACCUGAGUAAAGUUCACGUGCAGCACUCUUAAUUUUUGUACAUAUCGGUACAGUAAAAAUGCAUCGUUUUGAGUAUGGGAGUAGUCAGAGAGGUCCACUACUAAUAUUAAUCAUUCUUGUCCAGAAUUUAUUCAGAAAUGUGGAUUUACAGAACCACAAAAAUGAGAACUGUAACCUGAUCAAAGCCCACAUGUAGCAUUUCUAAUUCAUUUUUCUAAAUAUUAGUACAGUAAAAAUGCAUCGUUUUGAGUACGGGAGUAGUCAGGGAGGUCCACUACUAAUAUUCACCAUUCGUGUCCAGAAUUUAUUCAGCGCUGUGGAUUUACAGUACCACAAAAAUGAGAACUGUAACCUGAUCAAAGUAUGCAUGUAUGACUUUUAAUUCAAAUUUUCAAAAUUUUGUUGCAGUCAAAAUGCAUCGUUUUGAGUCUGGGAGUAGUCAGAGAGGUCCACUACUAAUAUUCACCAUCCUUAGCCAGAACUUAUUUAGAACUGGAUUUACAGUUCCACAUAAAUGACAACUGGAACUUGAUUAAAGCCCACAUGUAGGACUUUUAAUUCAUUUUCUUAAUAUUGGGACAGUAAAAAAUACAUAGUUUUGAGUACAGGAGUAGUCAGAGAGGUCUACUACUAAAAUUCAUCACCCUUAGCCAUAACGUAUUCAAAAUUGUGGAUUUACCAUGCCACAUAAAUGACAACUGCAACCUGAUCAAAAUAUGCGCGUAGAACUUUUAAUUCAAACUUUCUAAAUUUUGGGUACAGUAAAAAUGAAAUGUUUUGGGUCAAGUAAUAGUCAGAGAGGUUUACUACUAAUAUUCACAAUCCUUUGCCAGAAUUAUUCAGAACCGUGGAUUUACAGUUCCACGAAAAUGAGAACUAAUAUAAUAACCUGAUCAAAGUAUGCAACUUGGACUUUUAAUUCAAACUUUCUAAAUUUUAGAAUUAGAAAUUAGCAUUUCUAAUUCAUUUUUCUAAAUAUUAGUACAGUAAAAAUGCAUCGUUUUGAGUACGGGAGUAGUCAGGGAGGUCCACUACUAAUCACCAUUAUUGUCCAGAAUUUAUUCAGCGCUGUGGAUUUACAGUACCACAAAAAUGAGAACUGUAACCUGAUCAAAGUAUGCAUGUAUGACGUUUAAUUCAAAUUUUCAAAAUUUUGUUACAGUAAAAAUGCAUCGUUUUGAGUCUGGGAGUAGUCAGAGAGGUCCACGACUAAUAUUCACCAUUCUUGUCCAGAAUUUAUUCAGAACUGUAGAUUUACACUAACACAAAAAUUAGAACUGUAACCUGAUCAAAAUAUGCAAGUUGGACUUUUAAUUUGGACUUUUGAUUCAGUUAAAAAAAAAAAAAAAAAAAUGCAUCGUUUUGAGUCUGGGAGUAGUCAGAGAGGUCCACGACAAAUAUUCAUCAUUCUUUCCCAGAAUUUUAUUAGAACUGUGAAUUUACAGUACCACAAAAAUGUGAACUGUAACCUGAUCAAAGUAUGCAUGUAGGACUUUUUAAUUCAAAUUUUCUUAAUUUUGGUACAGUAAAAAGAGUCUGGGAGUAGUCAGCUAAGUCCACUACUAUAAUUGAUCAUCCUUGGCCAGAAUUUAUUCAGAACUGUGGAUUUACAGUGCCACAAAAAUGUGAACUGCAACCUAAUCAAAGUACGCAUUUAGGACUUUUAAUUCAAACUUUCUAAAUUUGGGUGCAGUAAAAAUGCAUCGUUUUGUGUCUGGGAGCAGUCAGAGAGGUCCACCACUAAUAUUCACCAUCCUUGGCCAGAACUCUUUAAAACUGUGGAUUUACAGUUCCACAAAAAAUAGAACUGUAACCUGGUCAAAGUCCACAUGGAGAACUUUUAAUCCAUUUGUCUAAAUAUUUCUACCGUAAAAAUGCAUAGUUUUGACUAUGGGAGUAGUCAGAGAGGUCUAUUACUAAAAUUCAUCAACCUUAGCCAGAACGUAUUCAAAAUUGUGGAUUUGCAGUGCCACAUAAAUGACAACUACAGCCUGAUAAAAUUCACAUGCAGGACUUUCAAUUCAUUUUUGUAAAUAUUGAUACAGUAAUAAUGCAUAGUUUUGAGUCUGGGAGUAGUCAGACAGGUCCACUACUAAUAUUGACCAACAUUUGCAAGUAGCUAUUCAGAUUUGUGAAUUCACAGUGCCACAAACAUGACAACGGUAACCUAUCAAGUACUAAAACGACCCCUUGCUCAGGGGAAUCGCAUAAUAUUUUACUGAUGUGAGCUCACAUGUAGAUGGAACGGUUUUAAGAUCAGGAGACUUUAUUUCAUUCUUGAUUGACGACAAUUCUGGUGUUAUAUAUUUUCAUAGUACUGAGAGUGUUUUUAAGGAACAACGCGAGCACCAGUCAACUAACUUGCCGCUCGGUCGGAGUGCAUUUACCGUAAUGCUUGGAUUACUCGAGCGUGCUAAUUUUAGGGUUCGCUUAUUUGACCACGGGCUCAUCGGCUCACCGGAGAAAUCCCCGGUAUGCCAGUCCGUCCGUGGAGGUGUCACUCUGUCAUGUGAGAUGACUGUAAAUAUCGCCUGAGCUAAGCAUGAGUCAACAAUGAUAAGCUGAGGAAAGUGACGGGACUUAAACUGGAAAAUUGCUUCUUUCUAAUUAAUUGAAGGCAAUACUGACAUUUACAUGUGUCAUAAACAAUAGCAGGACAAAGGAGCACAAACAAAUGACAUGAUUUUUUAUAAAUUUGCAUCUGAUUGGGGGCCAACUUUUAUGGAGGUACUCAUAUCUGUUUGUGCACUCUUGUUACUAUAGUGUCUCUAGUUUCACAGUUAGUGAAAAAGUAUUGGAAUGUGUACUAUCAUUUUGGAUUGGUGAGUGUUUUUGUUUUUUGUGGAAACAUGUUUUGAUUUUGUGUAAAGGUGCAAAAUCAAAUAAACUGCAUCAGGGAAGGCUUUAUUCCAUCUUUUGUUGAAAACACAUUUUCUGCUAUUGACGCAAUCAACAUCCAAUCCACUGACUAAUUGCUACAUAGUAAACUAAAAGUAAUUGACCUCGAGUCCGAUAAUGACUAUAAUGGCCUUAACAUAUUCACUGCUGUUGUUGUUCAUUCGCCCCCUCACAGUCUAAAUGGAUUGGACGCAGUGGUAGAUAAAAGUACAGAUACAGGAGGAAAUACAGUGGGGCAAAUAAGUAUUUAGUCAACCACUAAUUGUGCAAGUUCUGCCACAUGAAAAUAUUAGCGAGGCCUGUAAUUUUCAACAUGGUUAAACCUCAACCAUGAGAGACAGAA